UCAGUGAGAGUUCAGGUGUUGACUACCGAGCAUUGGUAGGAGAUAGAUCUUUGCAUUUACUUGAAAUUGUGGCACUCUAAGGUUAUGGCCAGCACAGCAAGAGCAGCCCGCCUUUAUGUCGGCAACCUGUCCUGGACUGUUGGUCAUCGCCAACUAAAAGAAUACUUUUCCCAGUUUGGACCAGUACAAAAUGCUAGAGUAGUGUUUGACCGUUCUACAGGCCUUAGUAAAGGAUACGGUUUCAUAGAGUUUGCCAACUCAUCUGCUGCUGCAGAUGCUACUAACAAGCAAGUGCAUACAUUAGAAGGACUGAAUUUAGUUGUUCAAGUUCAAAAUAGUUAAACAGUUAAAGUCAAACCAUAGUUAGCUUUUACA